AGCUGUAGUGGCAGUAGCAGUGGUAGUAACAUUAGCAGCGAUAGUAAUAAUAGUAUUAGUAGCCAAAGCGCUAGCGAUGUAUCCAAAUCGUCAAGUGGCAAACGCGAGAUUAUACCAGUUGUGUCGCCAGUGAGUUUAACUCAAACUGUAUCGUCAGACGUGCGUAACAAAAAGCCACCGAUUCCCAAAUUCGAAAUGAUCAGGAAAAAAAUGUCAAGCCCUAUUAAUAAGUACGUCAAUAAAGAUUUUCGUAAAUCUGCGUUGAAUAUGGAAAAUGGUGACGCCUCCAGAUCUCAGAUUCUCUCUCAAAAGAAAUAUCGUCAAAAAUCCACGAAAAACCCAUCGAUCAGUUGCCAAGAUUCACAAGCAAAUAGCUCUAGUAGCACCACGACGCCUAGCAAUCGCCAGUUCCCUGCAGGUUCCUCUUCACAGUCGUUCAGUAGCGACGCCAGUGGUUCUAACAGCAGCAACGAAAACAAGGAAGAAAAUCAGUCGAACUACGCAAACAAGUCGAGAAUCUCGAAAAAUAAGAACGAGUCGAGCGCGCUAAUUACCGACGCGAAACAAUUAGUUUCAUCAGUGGAUGAACGAUCUAUAAACGUAAAUAGCUUAGCGAGGACGCGAUCUACUUCAAAAUCAACGAGUGAUGCUUUCCACAAUACCGACGAGAAAUCGGUGCCGCUAAUGCAUAAUCCAUCAGCUACCGCCAUUCUUUCGAAUAGUAAAAGCUGCUGUACCGCGAGUUUCGUCGAAGGAAACAGCAGAGUGUCACUUCCGCAAAGUUCAUCAAACGGUCCACAAUGUACAAAUUUAGACGACAGUUCGCCGGCAAAUAAAAAUUCUGGCCAAGCACGACAUCAAUUUUCAGAUGAAGUACCUUGGUGGCUCGAUCCCAAUUCAGAUAAUGUACCAGAGGGCGUUGAACGCCACUUCAGCGUGGCCAGCGAUGAUACCAUCCAGGAUACUACUAUUAGCAGUGUACUCCCAGACGAUGGUAAAUUUAAAUUCCAAAUUUGGCAUCAGGGAUCAGAAGAGCGCUGUUGGUGGGUCGAUGACAACGACAAUGAUUGUACACUCAACAAUAACCUUCUUUCUUUGAAAAAUGAGACGGCAUCCCCAGUCAGAGGAAGUUCUCCGCAGUCGCUUGAUAUUCAAUCUGGAAAUUCGGGUCAGAGUAAGCCUUCGAGCCCUGAAGUAUAUAUGACCAAAAACCGCGCGUUAAGACAUGAGAAAUCGGGUGAAAGAGCCUGGUGGUUGAGCGACGAUCCAAAUAAUAUACCAGAAGGUGUCGAUGUUAUACCAGUGUCUCCAAACGUCAGUCAAAGUAGCCAAUACAAAGAAAAAAGGAGCGAUGAGCAAGAGUCCCAACAGACUCAAAAUCGUUUCAAUAGACUUCGACACAUUGACUCUGGUGAACGGCCCUGGUGGCUUGACAGUUCUUCCAAUGUUCCUGAGGGCGUCGAAAGAAUAAGUUUAUCUGAUAGCCAUUCUGACGAUUCAUCCGAGUCAUUGCAUCAAGUUGAUUGUACUGGUAUUCAACGAAACCAGCAGUGCCAAAGUACUGAUGAAGUUGAUAGAGGGUGUAGAUGCUCGGCAACGUUCCCCCUUUCGAAUGAAACAUUUACCGAUCGAACAAGUCUAGAAGGACGUGAGAUUUCUGCAAACAUAUUUAGCGGGGGUCGGAGUUCACCGUACGAUAAUAUCAAAGGCAACUUCUCUUCGAAUGAUCAGUCGAGCGAAUUAUUUGAGUAUCAAAAACCAAAUAAUACAUCUCUGUACAUUGGAAACCAAACGAACAUUGAUGAUUUACUUGAAGGUCUCGUCGAAUUUGACCAAGCUUGUAGAGACAUGGAAAAACAAAACGAACAUUUCGCAGAAUACAUUUCAGACAGAAACGAGACAAUCUGCGAAGUUGGUCUUCACGGCAAUAGAACAGACACUUAUAAGAACUUGUACAUACACAGGAAUGCUGAGAUACAACUGGCCCAAAACUAUAUGCCGCUUGACGACAGUGCUCUUCAGCUUUAUAAGGAUGGUGAUUAUGGUGCUUACCUAGAUCUCGAAGCUUCUAUUAGUGAACAACAAGAAGAGUUUGAAGGCUUUCAAUCUAAUCGUAAAAAUUCUAUCGUUCUUAGGACUCAACUGUCGGUUCGAGUCCACACUAUCAUAGAAAAAUUACUGAAUAGCGAAGGUCGCGAACUACGUCGUGCUCUCUUUUCUCUUAAACAAAUAUUUCAGGAAGACAAAGAUCUGGUGCACGAGUUCGUGCAAAACGAUGGAUUAGCUUGUCUCAUAAAAGUUGGCAGUGAAGCUGAUCAAAAUUAUCAAAAUUAUAUAUUACGUGCUUUGGGCCAGGUGAUGUUGUAUGUGGAUGGGAUGAAUGGUGUAAUGGAGCACGGACAAACAGUGCAGUGGCUGUACAGCCUGAUAGCCAGUCGCUUUCGGCUGGUGGUCAAAACCGCACUGAAGCUGCUGCUAGUAUUCGUCGAAUAUGUAGAAAGCAAUAGUUUACUGCUGGUGCGGGCGAUUCGUUCGAUCGACACAUCGCGUGGCAUGAUACCCUGGACGAAUGUCAUGAAGCUUCUCAAAGACUACGAUGCCGCAGACACUGAGUUGCUGAUCUACACCAUGAGUCUGGUCAACAAGUGUCUCAACGGCAUACCCGACCAGGACACAUACUACGACCAGGUUGACUGCCUCGAGGAGCAGGGUAUCCAGAUCAUCAUACAAAAUUACAUGGGCAAGCAAGGCACCGAUCUUGAUCUCCUUAGGCAAUUUCACAUCUAUGAAGCAGUUUUGCAUCACGAGGACAGUAACGAGCGUGACCUCUUCUCCGUAAACUCGCCUAUCAGGACGCUAGAUGACAACAUUCGAAAAACGCUGCGCAACCGAAAGUCUUUGGUCGAGUCACAGGAACGUCGAAAGUCCAGACGCCACUCAACGGGUACUUCGCCUCAUGGUACGACCCAGCUUCUGCGGCAUGGCAUGUCGAAUAACCGUCGCCAACUGGAGCAUCGCAAUUUGCUUAACAAGAGCGAGCAUCACGCACGUGGCCUUGAGACCGGAGAAGAAGAAGAGGAGGAGGACGACGACGACGAAGACGAGGACGAUGAUGAUGACGCCGAAUCUAGCAGUUCGCAAAGCUCUCAGAGUCUCAAUGCACCUCUCAACAAUAUGAAUGGAAGUUACAGCGACAAGUCCUCCAUGGACGUUGGUGUAACGCCAGCCCUGCGACGGCGCCGCGAACGUGCCGAGAGGCAAAGGAGUUUUAUAAGAGAACAGCAAGAGGCCAGCGCGAAUAUGCGAGCUUCUUUUGGGCAGCCAGCCAGCGAUCAAAAUCAGUCUAAUAGGGUACGCUAUACGAAUGGCAGUUCGUCAUAUGAGCUCGUUACGAACGGCACCGGAUCGGCCAAUUUAUACGAACCGAAUAGGUCGACACGAGUCUCGAGCCGUAGGGACACGAAAAUACCAUCAAAUACUGGCAAUAAAUUUGAUUCCGAAAUGAAGAAUCAGCAGUCGCUACAGCAGCAAACCUGGUAUGCUAAGAGUCCAGAGGAAAGUGCUCAGAGCACACAGGAUAGUCACGCAGAUGAAGAUGAAGAUCGCCGGGUAGUACUGCAGCUCAAGCGUGAAAACACUGUCAAAGAUCUUACUCAAAAGCUUGCCGCUCAACACCUCAUUUCGACGAAUGUCAAUCCUGCUGAAGAGAAAGUUUCGAGGAUCGGUGAUAUGAGCGGCCUCAUAUCGAAAGCAAAAGAAGGCCUUGCCAAGUCCAAAUCCAAAGCCGAGCUUGUUAAAUCGCCGACCAGUGAGACAGCGCCAAAAUUGCUAAGCAAUUUGCCGGAAGUAAAAAAAUCAGAAAACGAACUACACUGGGAGGAGCUAAUCAAAAAGAUGCAAAGACCUCUGUGCCUUUGCGAUCUCGACUUUACCGAUCUCAACUCGGACGACGAGAUCGACGUUCUUGGCCCGGUCAACAUCUCGAAUGGAGCUCCUCCACCUCCUCCUCCUAUGGCUCCGUCUUCUGCAAGUGGUCCUGUGUUGAAUAGAGUACCACCACCACCGCCUCCGGGUGUCUAUCGGUUUCCUCCUCCGCUACCUUCUCCGCCACCACCCCUUUUUGGAGUAAAUCUCAAGUCAGCAGCCAUGUCGACGCUUAGAUCUCCGGCGGUGGACCCGCCGAAAGUUCCGACCGCCCCAGUUUACCAGCAGUCAUCACCUCAACUCAACAGAAAGAGCAAAAAAACUGUGAAGCUAUUUUGGAAAGAAGUUAGAGAUGAUCCAAUAAUUCUAUCGCGACUUGAUAAACAUAAAAUGAUCUGGGACGAACUGUCUCCGGUGCCCAUUGACACGCAAAAGCUCGAGCAUCUUUUUGAAAGUAGAGCCAAAGAUCUCAUCACUAAGAAACAACAAGAAAUGAAUAAAAACAAGGAAAUAAUUGUAUUGGAUCAUAAAAGAUCGAACGCUAUUAAUAUUGGUAUGACGAAAUUACCGCCUCCAAGAUCAAUAAAAACAGCGAUAUUGAAAAUGGAUGCAACUAUUAUGAAUAGGGAAGGUAUUGAGAAAUUGUUAACAAUGCUACCAACCGAAGAGGAACGAUCUCGAAUACAAGAAGCGCAGGCCGCUAACCCUGAUCUACCUUUGGGAUCAGCCGAACAAUUUCUUCUGACUUUAGCUUCCAUUUCAGAACUCCCAGCUAGAUUAAAACUUUGGGCUUUCAAGUUAGAUUUUGAAAAUUCGGAGAAGGAAGUAGCAGAUCCAUUAAUGGAUUUGAAGCAAGGAAUGGAAACAUUGCGAGUGAACAAAACGUUUCGUGGUAUUCUGAGCACACUCCUGUCGAUUGGUAUUUUCCUUAACGGCAAUGAGGUAAAAGGAUUUCAAAUGGAAUAUUUGGCAAAGGUGCCAGAGGUCAAAGACACGGUUCACAAACAUUCGCUUCUGCACCAUCUUUGUCAUAUGGUCAUGGAAAAAUUUCCUGGUUCUACUGAUUUAUAUUCCGAGAUUGGAGCAGUGACCAGAGCAUCAAAAGUUGACUUUGACGAGCUUGCCAUGAACAUAAACAAGCUGGAAAGUGAGUGUAAAGCAUCCUGGGAUCAUUUGAAGCUCAUUGCAAAGCACGAUGGCUCAACAAUGAUGAAAGUCAAAAUGUCAGACUUCUUGACGGAUUGCGCGGAGCGUAUAAUUGUUUUGAGUAUCGUACAUCGACGUAUUAUUAAUCGCUUUCAUAAAUUCAUCCUCUGGCUUGGAAUACCACUACAUCGUGUUCAAGAUACCAAACCAAAUGAGUUUUGCCGAAUUGUUUCCGAGUUCUCCCUUGAAUACAGAACAACGAGAGAGCGCGUUCUGCAGCAACUUGAAAAGAAAGCUAAUCACCGAGAGAGAAACAAAACACGAGGAAAAAUGAUAACAGAAGUCGGCAAAUUCCGGACAAAAGAGGAUCGUGCUGAUGCAGAAUUGAGACAGCUGCUGGGAAGUGAUAUUUCGGACGUUGAGAGCAUUCACGGAACUUUGCCUUGGAGGAGGCAGCGCAAAGACGGACGAAUGUCACUUGGCCCGCUUUUAAAAGACGAACGGGUCAAUGGCAAUCUAACGGAUGGAGAUGACGAACUACUUGAAUCAUUGGUCAAAACGGCGACCAAAACCCCGGCAACUCGUACUACACCGCGGGAGCGUAAACGUACUCGUCAUGCUGAUCUGAAGCGCUCGCGAACUAGAGAGAACAACACAACACCCGAUGGGUAUCGUCCUUGAGCUGGGCCUGAUUCAAUAAUUGUCGCAUUCUGAAAGUGCGAAGAACUCUGAAAAAUGGUCUCUCUGAAGAGGAAAAGAAGCACAUUGCUGCUUAUAUUAAAGGCUAUUAACUGUGAUAAAAGUUGAAUAGGAAAAAUGAAGCAUUAAAGCGAAGACUGCAAGUAAGUGAUGGGACCGACUCAACAUCAUGCAGUAAUACAUGGUGAUCCUGUCCGCUCCUGGCCUCAGCCCCGACAUAGUAGGUAACAGCGAUAUCGCGAUAUCGUCGUCGAUGCCAAAUGAGGACACAAAGGAGCUCAAUUUAGUUUUUAAAUCCUCGCUAUUUAAUAGAGAUAUCCAAUUUAUCUCGUUUACCCUACUUGCGUACAUCAUUUUCCUUGUUAUCAUAUUGCUCAUCAUCAAUAUUUUCACGAUCGACUUUAUUACAUCUAUUCAUUCAAAGUCAUUGAUUUUCAUCCCUUUCAUUGUUAUGUUGUUGAUCAAUCAUUCACUUUAUAAGUUACCGUUUCUUCGGAACUUUUUUGGUAUUUAUUGAUACCUUAUUUACUAAGUUCUGAAAAGAUAAAAGAAAUUGUAUUCGAUUUAUCAAAGUUAGAAAGAACCGACUUGGUUUUUCACAAUUAGUGCCGGUCAAGUAGUGUACACAUAAUGCACGAAUGUAAGACUAUAGUAAUUAUUUUCAAAUAUUCUAUCGACUAUCGAAUAUAUGACAGUCAUAGUCAUUAUUGUGUUACGUAAUGAAUUUCAAUAAGCAUUAAGAGUGAGCUAUGAGUUGCGGCCCCUUAGCUCUGUUAUUUAUUUUGUCAUAGCAAUGUCGUAUGUCAGUAUUAAAAAAGUUAUUGAACGAAUUGGAAAGAGUCACUACAGUAAUUUAUUAUCUGGGAACUAUCGGUCCUAUACAGAAACUCUACGUCGUUCAAGAUAUCUUAUUUAAAUUUGUGUACGGCUAAUUUUUAAGAUAGACUAUCACAUUUUCAUUGUUUGUCGAUGCUGAAUCAGUGUUUUCAGCAAUUAACGAGUAAUAACUUGCUGUGAAAUAAUAGACAAAUGAUAAGUAGUCACUAAUUCAUUUACAAGUCUCCAAUCAAGCGACUAAAUUUAUUUUAUUGUAGUUACUAUUGAAAAACCAAAUAAUCCUUUAUGAAUAUUUCAAAAUCCACUUAGAGCGAUUCAUGGAGAUUAUGUCAUGCUGAGCUAUUCUGAGCUAUUGUAUUGCGUAUGUGAUUCUUCUUUCUAAAAUUCAUAAGAAAUGAUAUUUUGGAGCAACAAGAUCUACAAAAAUAAAAUUAAUAUGAAUAAAAUGAAAAUAUAUUGUGUUUAGCGAAGCCUAUUUUGAAACUGUUAUAUGUACUAAAUUAUAUCUCAAUGAGUGUAUAUGUGCAUCGAAUUCGAUGUAAUGGAAACGUAAAGAGAUAUGUGAUUAUUAGAUUGCUUGCUUUUAAUGUAUUGCAAGAGCAUUAAAAAUUUACAGAAUAUAAAUUGAAUAAAUUUGUUUUAUUAUUAAUAUUAACAGAUUAUUAAAUAAUCAUUCUGAGAAUAUAAAUAUCGUUCAUAGUUUUAUUAUAUUUAAUAUGUGAAUGCGAAAGAUACUUCGAAAAUUCUUAAAAAAUAAUUAAUAAAAUAUGAACUAAAGACUUUUUAAAAUAAAUUAAUGUCGCAGUUGAAAUAAUGCAUUUCAAUGUAAUUUACAUUAUGUAAAUCAUCAUUAUAUUGGUAUUUAACAUUUAAACGGUGUGUGUAUAUUUAUAGGGGGGAAGAGAGAGAGAGAGAGUACAAUAAUGUCAAGUUAUUUCUCAUGUAGUGAAGAUUCAAUUUAAAUAUUUUAAAGAACUUCAUGAAAAUAUAAUUUUAUUUCUAGAAUAUUAAAUUAAUACAUAAUAUUGAAUCUACAUUCAAAGCCAUUUUUCUUUCGCUUCAUAUCUGAAAAAAACGUCAGCCAUACACAUUCACCCUAAUUUCAGCAAAUAAUUAAACUCGUUCCGGCUGAACAGAGUUUGGACUAAUUCAUGGCAUAUAACAGAAACUUUUAGUUCUUCAGUCCAAACUAACACAUUCAUAUUUUUUACAUAAUUCACACGCAAUAAAAUAAAAAAAUUUUAAUGACAAAAUUUUCACUUUUGAUUUCAUUAAUAAAAAAGUAAAAUUGUAGAGAAGUAUGUGCGUAUGCAAGUUUGUUUUUGCCAUAUAAUUAUCAAAAUGAUGUGUAAACAUUCCAUUUACUUUGACUCCGAAUAUAUAUAUAACGAUAAUUUGAUAAUAAUUUCGUUAUAUAGUACUGUAGUUUUAAAUAUGAGAAAAUACUUUGAAAAAUAAAUGAAAUGCGCUGACCGCAUUUACUUAAACCUUUAAUUUCUUAUUUCGAGUAAGAAAUAUUUAUUAGUGCCAAAAAUAAGUAUGUUUGCCAAAUUUGUUAGAUGGGAUUGAAAAGUAAGAAACACGUAGAUAUUAUAGAAAUGAAAACAAGUAAUAUUGAAAGUAUCAAAUUAAAUUUAUUUUACAUAUAAGUGAUAAUUAUAAUUCAAAUGGAAACGAUAGCAUAUAGUAUAUUUAAUAAUAAUGAAGAGAGAAGUACAUAAUCGACCAUGUGAGAGUAUAAAAAUAAAAAAUUUUAUAAAAUAAAAACAACAUUACUAUAGAAUAUACGAUAAUAAAAUUCUACUGAAAUUUUUUUUAGCCAGUGGUUACCUUUUUCCUUCUAGAUUAAAAAACUUUUUAAGAAGUAAGUAGGGCUUAUGUAAUAAAAAUCAACGUUAUCUUUGAUAACAAAAUGUGCUAGUGAUGCACGGUUUAUUAAUAACCUCGUCCAACUUUAACAACGUAUAUACGAUGUAAUGAAAAUUAUUUAUUCUAUGGCGAGAUUUGCAACAAAAGUAGACAUCUAGUUCUUAAUAUUUUCUUUAUUCUGAAUUGCACUCGAGACAUGUUAACUUAUAUAUUUUUAUAAAGUUUUCCAACAAAAAUUCAAAUUGUUUAAAAAUUUUUCUUAUAAAAAAUAUAACGUUGCAAAUAGCGACCAAUAAGUACUAACAUAACUUAAAAAUGUUCAUACAAUUUGUAAUAUAUAAUUGGCAAAAAUUAGAUCUAUUUUAUUUAACAAAAAUUUUUUUCAUUGCAUUUAAUGUAUAUAUUUUUCUGUUUUUAUUUUUUCAUAAUGAAAAAUUGAGACCUUGAUUGGUGUGCGUAAAAAAUGUCUCAAUCAGUAUAGAUGUAUAGUUUGUUAGCUUAUUUUACAAACCAGUCAUUCAAUGUGAUAUAUAUGAUCUGGUAAAAAAAUGUAGUCACUCUCCGUUACAUUAUAUCUUUCAUUUAAAAGCUGUACGUCACAGAUGUUCCAACUGUGUUUUCAGAAUGUCUAUGUAUAUAAAAAAACAUUCUAAUAAUUUUUUACAUGGAAUUUUAUGUUAUUCUUACGACAGUAGAAGUAUAUAUGUAUUUGUAGAUGUGAAGAUUAUUCUCAAUUCACUGUCUAGAAUUUGAUGAGAAAAUGGAAAGGAACACCUCGGGAUUUUGUAUACAUUUUUUCACCAAAAGUCAUUAAUUCGUUAGGCUAAAUGCAUUUCAUUUCAUGUACGGCUGUAAAUAAAAAGGAAUGAGUACCACGCUACACAAUUUUACAAAUAUAUUGCAAAGUCACACAUCAGUCUCGUUGAAAAGACUGUAGAAAUGUUCAAUUGGCCAAUAUUGGGAACCGUAGAAUUGACAAGUUACAUAACUCAAAUCAUCGUUAAAG